UCGGAGGUGAGCCGUGCCCCGGCCCUCGGUCGGCCGGGUGACGCCGGAACCGCUGUCGGGGCCGGCGGGGCCCGGGGCCGGCGGGAGCCGCGCCGCGUCCCUGUGCGCUGUCCGCUGCCCUCUGCGGCUGUCCCCGCCGCGAGGCGGGCGGAGGCGCUGGUGGUUCUGUCCAAGGUCUCCUGAAUCGUUGCUCCAGCGCCAGAACGUUCGCUUUUGUCCACAGACUAGUGCACAGGACACAGGAAGAGUCCGAACCUAAGGUCAUGGCAGUGCGCUGGAGAAGAGUCCUGACGGUAUUUGUGGCAGCUCAAGUACUAGUUGUGGCAAAUGCCUUUGAGGAAGAGGAUGUACCUGAAGAAUGGCUUCUUCUUCACGUUGUUCAAGGUCAGAUCGGGGCAGGAAACUACAGCUAUUUGAGACUAAAUCACGAGGGAAAGAUAGUGCUUCAGAUGCAGAGUUUGAAGGGUGAUGCAGACUUGUAUGUGUCUGACAUGACGCUUCACCCCAGCUUUGACGAGUACGAGCUGCAGUCCGUGACCUGUGGCCAAGACAUUGUCCGCGUGCCCGCGCACUUCCGCCGCCCCGUAGGCAUCGGCAUUUACGGGCACCCCUCUCACCUGGAGAGCGAGUUUGAAAUGAAAGUGUACUACGACCGAACGGUUGUGCAGUAUCCCUUUGGCGAGGCUUCUUACAACCCUGAGGAGAUGGAGGCAAACCAGAAAUACUCACAGGCCGCAGAAGAUGAAUCUCAGGAGGAGGAGUCGGUCUUCUGGACUAUACUUAUUGGGAUCUUGAAAUUAAUACUUGAAAUUCUUUUUUAAAUUGAAAACGCACUGGACUAAGUCACACUUCAGCCUGUGAAAUCAAACGUGAAUGACUUGCUGUAGUAUUUAAUACUCUUUGUUACGUUUCCAGAAGAGGUAUCAGGUUACUUUUCCUAAUCCAGAAAGGAAGUGGGGUGUGGGGGGAAAGCCAUAUUUAAUUUUAUAUUGUAAAUCCUCUCCUCUCUGUGAAAUGAGCAGCGAGCACAGUAAUGCAGUGUUCUUCAGAGAUUAGGGCUUAAAAAUGAGUGUACAGUUGGGAUCUUGUUAAAUUCACUUUAAACAGGUGCUUAGGAAAAUCACCUCCAAUGCAGUAUUUUCUAUUGUUUUUUUUAUAAAGAAAAGUGAAAUAAACUGCUGCACUUCA